ACAGCAGUUCACAAUUUCUAUCCCUACGAAUGGCCUAUCCCUAAUGACCUUAACAUUGACCACUGUGCCGAAUUCCAAGAGGGACAGUUCUGGAAUGGCGAACAGUCCGCUACCGCGUCGUUUGACCCUACUCUGAACUCCGACAAGCUUUUUCCUGCUUGCGCGCGGUUCGUACACGAACGGAUGGGAUGUCAGUUUGGAUACGCAAAGGUGGAGGUCACAGUCAAGUACCAAGACGACGAGCUGGAGCUGGCCAAGGUGUGCAAGGUCAGUCGCGCAGGGAACGAGAAUGGUAUAGGGUUCUUCACUCCUCGCCAUGCUCACCGCAAUCAUAUCCAUCUCGGGUUCGACGUUCAUUUCCGCACCGAUUUGCCACUCUUCUCUCAACAUGUCGGAGAACUCGAGACCGUCUUUUUCGAAUCAAUUACAUUGUAUGGUGCCAUGAUGCCCAUCCAUGUUGAGUCUGUGUCUGCUGCAGUCGGCAAAUUCAAGAAUGCCAAUAGCCCUAUCGAGGGAAAAUUCAACACGAGCACAUCCCUUGACUUGGCUACCGCCAACAGCCCAAUCAACUCCACCACUGUUUCUAUGGAGAGCGCCAAUGCACCUAUCUCCGCAGGCAUCAGCCUCUUCUCCACCGCUCCCUCGUCUACGGGAGGUAAGUUUGACAUCGAACUCGGGUUCAUCGACGCGUCUGUCGAUUCUGCGCUUGACCUCACAGCGCAUACGGCGAUGGGCCCGGUGGACGUGACGAUGCAUCCUACUUAUGAGGGCGAGUUUAGGUUAGCUACAAUCAUGGGAAGAGCGGAGGUUACUACGGCUGAUGAAGUGGAGGAUCCGAAAGGAGAAGACAGAAAGAGGUCGGUGAGCUUUGAGAGAGCUGGGGUAGCAUUGUAGCAGGCAGGUGUGGUGGGGUGAGGAGGAGAAAGGCAGGGGAACCGUUGAUUUGAAAACGUCCCUUUCGGGCGUCAAGCUGGCUUUGUGAUUUCGUGUUGUAUCUCUUAUGAUCUCAUAUUUGUAACAUUUCUUACCAAAUUUACUCGUUUUUUAUACAUCGAUCAUACCGCCAUCUCCCGAUGUUUCUGCUCUUUCCACCACGCCCACUACAAGGCAUCGCAUAUUUUCAGAUGACAAGCGAUCCCUUCUCGAAGGGCACUACAACUUAGUUGAUGACAGCCGCAUACCAAAAUCUGACCUACCGUUGUGUAACGCCAGAUGACCGAAGCC